AUGAUUUAAUUUUUUCUAUAAUUUUAGAGAUUUGAAUUACUCAGAAUAACUUUCACUUAACUCUUUCCAUUUUCCUAUCUUUGUUUCAGUUUCUUAAAAAUACCUCCCACCAACAUUCUACAUAAUUUCUCCUUUCCAAGUUGUUAUCCAUCCAUGUUCCAAUUUAAAUUAUAUUCUCUCAAUAUUCUCUUUGCUAGUGAAGGUAUUUAAUUUAUUCUAAUAUUCAGUAUCUCAAGUUUCUUUGAUACAUCCUGAUACAUCCUUAAGAUUUAUCCUUCCAUUGUUGUAUUUUUAUUUUUUAGUUUUCAUUUUUGAUGACUUUGAAUUAAGUUCUCAAAAAGCGAGG